AUGCCAGAGAUUAACGAAGACGGCCAACUAUUGGUCGACGAUCAAUUGAAAUUGGGAUUGGGCGAACUGUUUCGGUAUAGGAUCUCAAUAGACACAAGUUUUGAGGAGUGGAGAAAUUCUAUAGGUUCAGAGAUUCAUUUGACGUUCAAGAAUACAGAAAAUGCCUUGUUAAAGCCAAUCUACUUGACCGGACCUUACUCGUUCUAUGUUGAUGUCCAACCUUGUAGAUACAAUGAGGUUGAUGAGUUUGACGAGGAUAUUCAGUUUUUCGAUGACGUUAAACCCAGUGACGUUUAUCGAGCGAUUUUGAAACUAAAUGAGAAUUCCAGACUUGAAGGCACUUCCACGUUUGUUUGGCAGGUCAAUGUCGUUUCGCAAUUGUCCGUCACUAAAAUCCCGACUUUGAGUUUCCGACUCUGCGUCAGCACUAAAGAGCUGCAAGAAAUGCCACAGGUGCCGAUCAACUCAGUCAAAGGAUUUACUUGCGAAAAAUGGGACACGCAUAGCUUGUGGAAUCUGCCUCCACGCUUUCCAAAUCGUCCCGUUCAUCUCGUGGUUCUAACGCACGGAAUUUUUUCGAAUAUAGGUUGCGAUCUAGUGUACCUUAAAGACAAGAUUGAGGCCACCGCCCGAGAAGAUAGCGAUAGUGAUACAGCAAAUGUAAUUAUAAGAGGCUACAUGGGAAAUCAAGGCAAGUCUUCUAGAGGCAUCAAGACGAACGGGAUAAAGAUGGGCAAAUUUGUAAUUGAAACAAUUGAGGAACUAAGACGGCAUUAUGAUUUGAAAUACAUUUCGUUCGUAGGUCAUUCACUUGGAGGUCCUACCCAAUCCAUGGCAUUGCGUUAUAUCUGUGUUGAAAGAGCCGAUAUUUUUGAUCGAAUGGAGGGUCUUGAGCCUGUUCACUUUAUUACACUGGCUAGCCCAUACCUCGGAAUUGCAGGGGAAGUACCGCCUUUCGUUACCCUCGCACUGGAUCUGGGAAUUUUAGGACAAACAGGUGCCGAUCUCAACCUCAAUCGUACAUUCUUUAUGUCCAAAGAUGGGAUUGUCAAGAAGGGCGAUACUCUAGGCCAUUACAAGUAUAAACCUCUUCUCGAAAUCAUUCCUUCUGAUCCAGUAAUAGAACUUAUACAGAGAUUCAAAAAUCGGACGACAUAUGCAAAUAUUCUUCAUGAUGGAAUCGUGCCACUUAGAACAGCCGCAUUGCUUUACUUGGAUUGGGAAGGGCUGGGUGACGUCCGAGGUGUGAGAAAAGAAGGCGGGAAAGAGGACCAAGGAACUCAAAAAAGUUCUAGCAAAAACAACACUACCGGCGAGAUUCCUGAAGAAAAGAUGGACAAAAAGUCAGCACUCAAAUAUAUCUUACCGCAAGCUGCUUUGAGACGAAAUUACAAGCAGUAUCAAAGAACACAAACCAAAAAAACCUCAUCUCCAGGUGAUGGCAAUGUUGCGACUGAUGAGGCACAUGCGAUAACUCCACUUCCACAUGCAAACCUGCUUACAUCGGCGGCUAAUAUUAUUAUCGCCCCAUUGCCCACUCAAGCCUACAUACGAAAUCCAGAUCAAAGAGGCGACAGAAUAGUACAUGAUAAAUUAUAUCAUCCUGAUGAAUUGCCUCCACCUCAUUACCGCGAGAGGGAUCUCUUCAAAAAAAUUAUUUAUCCCCAUGACCGUAUAUACAGGGUACAGGAAAGAAUUGCAAGGCAAUGGCAGGAAGAUUCCAACUGGAGGAAGGUUUUAGUCAGCUUAGAACCGGACUCUCAUAACAAUAUUGUCGUGCGUCGGAAGUUCGUGAAUGCUUUUGGGUGGGUCGCGGUAAAUCACCUUGCUAAAGAGCACUUUGGCCCCGAGGGCCGCUCACAUACGAAGAAUACAAAAGGAUAA